AUGGGCUUCAGCAUACCACAGAUCGACUGGCUGAGCCUUGCGCUCCCAGUCGCAUAUCUCUUCGUCCUGGGCGGUUCUCUCUACACUUUCUCGACCAUCUACAGGAAACGCAAGGCCGCCCAAAGCGCAAACCUGGCUCCCUGGUUCGGCCCCCACCUCCAACGCGACAUCUACCUGAGCCUUCUCCAUCUCGAUCAGCGAGACGACGAGCAGGGCAAGGAGAAGAAGGAGGCCUCGCCCCGUAUCCCCGACAGCGUGAUUCGCGCGGCCCUCCUCCGGCGUGCCGUCGAGGACAUCCACCGCCUCGUGCAGAUCCGGACAGCGAAGCAGGCUUGUAGCGCUCUUUUGCAGAAGGGCAGCGUCGGUGAUGAUCUUUGGCAGCGGUUUCAGCGGGCGGAGAAGGAGUUGGAGGAUGAGCUUCGCGAUGUUGUCAUGGAGGCAAACGCCCUAGCCCCUAACUGGGGCCAGAUCAUCUUCCAGUCCGCCAACGAAAUCGCAGCCAACACCACCCUCCGCGAGAAGCUGGAUAACAUCCAGGAGCAGACAGAGGCGGAGAAGGCGUGGUGGGAGAAGCGCCGGGCGGCUAUCCAGGCGGACUUCAUGCGCGAGCUGGACGAGGGUGACAGCAAGGACGGGAAGAGCGUUUCCGCUUCUACAGCCCCUUCUAGUGUCGACGGCGAGCCGGACGCUGUGGUCGUGGGCGCCGCGGGGAAAAAGAAGAAGGGCAAGAAGAACUGA